AAAAAUUUUGAUUGAUUUGCUGGCUGACUGAUGCAAUAAACUGGAAAAGUGGAAAGGGAACAAGGGAAUUUUGUAAAUAAAUUAGUUUUCUUAGAGAAAUUUCCAUAAUUGAGUAAAAUGGAGAUCGAUAAAGAGAAUGUCGUCCAAGCUGUGGUGGUAAUGGACACCUUCAAUAACAAUUUCCAUCCUAUCAGUAAUUACAAACCUAUGGCUUUCUUGUCAGUGGCAGGAGUUCCUCUAAUCGACUAUGUUCUGGAGAGCCUAUCACUUGGUGGUGUUGGUGAAACUGUUUUGUUUUGCACUCAAGAUGGGUCCAAAAUAAAGGAUCAUUUACGGAAAUGUAAUGAUGAAAAAGCUCCUUGGACUUCAACUAUGGAUGUCCAAGUAUUGAUGUCAGAUACGUGUCAGACGAUGGGUGAUGUAAUGAGGGAAAUAGAUGCGGCAGGAUUAGUUCGCGGAUAUUUCAUUCUAUUGGGAGUCAAUAGUGUCUCUAACAUAAAUUAUGCAACUUUGUUGGAGCAGCACAAGCAAACAUGUAAAAAAGACAAAGGUGCUGCUAUGACUUUGGUGUACAAAAAAGUUUCAUGGGAACAUCCUCUGAUUAGUUCUGACAAGCCUACAUUUCUAGCUGCUGAUGGUAAUACUGGGAAAGUGCUGAUUCACCAGAAGUACAAGCCAAAAUCAAGUGAAAAGACCAUCAACCUACCUUUGGAGAUCAUGUUGAAUCAUUCUGAAGUAAAGUUGCAUCACAACUUGGCUGAUCCAAAUAUAGCCUUGUGCUCUCCUUCUGUUCUUCCACUCUUUUCAGACAAUUUUGACUUCCAAACCAGAAAUGAUUUUAUUCAUGGCAUAUUAAUAAAUGAAGAAAUAUUAGCUAGUUCUUUGUAUUACACUCUAUUAAAGGGCAAUUAUUAUGCAGCAGCUGUAACUAAUUGGAAGACUUAUCAAAUUAUCUCUCGUGAUAUAAUGCAGAACUGGGCACAUCCACUGUCAAUUGAGACAGGAAGGUUUUAUCAAAAUAACUAUGUCUUCCUGGAAAAUAAUAACUGUAGAGAUAAGAAUUCAGUUUUGAGCAGAACAUGCCGCCUCACUGAAGGUGCACUUGUUGGGUCUGGUACUCACAUUGGUCAUAAUACUGUUAUUACAAAUUCCCUUAUUGGGAGAAACUGUAUUAUUGGAGAUAACUGUACUAUUGUAGGAAGCCAUAUUAUGAAUGAUGUUUCUAUUAAGGAUAAUUGCAAGAUUAACAACACCUUUACUGAUGAUAAUGCUGUCAUCUCUGAAAAUUCUACAGCGGUAGGUUCUAUCAUUGCCUCCAAUGUUACCAUUCAACCAGGCAGUGAACUACAAGGCAACCUUAUAGAAAAUUCAGAUAAAGAUAAUGAUAAAAAAUUACUAAAAUCUACAUCUGGUAGUGGUACUGAAUGGGAAAAUGAAUCUACUAAUAGUGAGGAUGAAGAGUUCAUUGGAUUUGAGAAGGAAUGGAGUGACAGUGAAUCAUGUUACUCUUCUGAAUGCAGUUUUGCAUCGUCACUGCCAGAGUCUGAUGUACUAGAUGACACCAAUAUAUUCCUCCAAGAAGUUAUUGACAGCUUAGCCAGAGGUUAUGAAGAGAAACUGAAGUGUGAUUACCUUAUAUUGGAGAUAAAUUCAUCCCGUUAUGCAUACAAUAUUCAGCUGAAUGAAGUAAAUUUCUUUGUUGUAAGAGCACUUCUGAGUAUGCCUGUUUUAGAAGAUACCAAGAAUGUACUAGGUGCUAUUAAAGAUAUAUUCAAGUACUUCCACCCUGUAUUGGCAAACUACAUAAAAGCUAAAUCUUCAAUAUUGGAUUGCCUGAAAGCUAUUGAGGAUAGUUGCACCAAGUGUCAGUGGUUAGAAGGCAGAGCAGGACAAAUCAUCCAUUUACUGUAUGAAUCAGACGUAUUAGAUGAGGACUCACUGGUAGAAUGGUACGAAGAAUUAAAAGAAAACGAGAGUCCAUUGGCAAAACAGGUCUCAGUUGUAAAAUUCUUUGAAUGGCUUCAAGAAGCUAGUGAGGAAUCUGAAUCAGACUGAAAUAAUGAUUAUUAUUGUAAAUAA